UAUAUAAUAGUAAAUCAUUUUUAUAAGAGCUAUAUUAGUAUCAACAAAUGUUUACUUAAUAAUGACAAGCUUACUUAAUUAACUUCUUUUAUACAUUUUAUUGAUUAAAAUGUGAGCAAAGCUAAGGAUAUUAAGAGAGUGCAGAGACAUUCAAUAUGUCAUUUAUCCAGUACUUGUAUCUAUUUGUCACUUUAAUUGACAUCUCAGGAGUCAAAGCUGUUCCUGUCGAGCUUCUUAAAGUUGUGACAUCAAGUCUUUCAUCAUAUUGUCGUAGCGACUCUGAAGUAGAAACACAUUUUUUAGUGGAUGGAUUAAUUGAUUCGUCAGACGUUUGGAUGAUUAUGUUUGAAAAGAUGGACGAAAAGUUUAGGUCACAUAUAGUUUGUCUUCAAGAUUUUCACAAACUCUGUGUUCUAAAGACCAAGCUCAACUGUUACUGUACAUCUACUGAAAAUCAAAACAUUUUCAACAUCAUGUUGAACAUAACUGUGACUGACACUGAUGAAUACAGGACUAUAAGGGCAGCGGUUGUAAAACGAAAUGGCGAAAAACAAAACAGCAAUACAGUUACAUUGCCAACAACGUUUGAAACAGUAAUCUUAAAAGAUCUCAUAGACCUACAAGUAAAUAAACACGAAGUGGAUAUAAAUAAUUGUUCUGCUAUAACCAACAACAGUAUUAUUGAAAUAAACAACAACAGCACAAGAACUGAAUUAGUUUCUUUUAGAAUAAUCAAUUCAACAAGCUUCGAUGUUGUUCGCAAGAGUAAUUUUGAAAUAAGAAUUCAAAAUAAACUCUUAAACAACUCACAGAUAUCAUUUACUUUACAGUUUUAUUUCUGCCAUCAGAUUUUUUACAAUGUCACGUGCACUAUUAUAACAGUUUACAAAUUCGAGAAUGUUAAUACAGAAAACGAUCAAAUGAUUGAAACCCUACGUUUAAUUUGUAUUUUGCUACUAGUAAUUUGUGUGCCUUGCUGGAUAAUAUGUUAUUUUAUAUCAACAAAACAAAACUUUUUGGUAAGUACUUCUAUGUAUUACAUAUAUUUAAUGAAAUUUUUAUAA